AAUUUAGCUUCUGCAGUCAGUUUUUUACUCUAUGUUUUGUUCAGUUCAUCAUGGAAUUGUUUGAUCAUCCAGAUGCUCUGGUGCUCCUGUUGGUAUUGCUAAAUCAUGCUAAUGCUCAAGGUGACGGUCCUAGUCUUGGACGAGGUCUUGGAUCAAUUCGAUUAUUUGACAAUCGCACAGAUUUACUGCAUCCAUCAGCUGGGAUUGUUCAGAUCUAUUACUACAGGGCUAAUACCAGUGACAUGGGUUGGGGUAAUAUUUGUGAUAAUAUAAAAGACUCUAAUGAUGAUCUGUCAUUCAAUAUAAAUGAUGCUAGCGUCAUUUGUAAUCAAUUGGGAUAUAGUGGAGCAUUAAAAUUUGAUACCACUACAAGUUUUGGAACCGAUUCCCUUCCUGCUGUUAUUUAUGAUGUUAAUUGUACCACCAAUAAAUACCUGACACUUAGGCAGUGUGCCUUUAAAACCAGUAAUGCCUCAUUUGUCUGUGAAGAUUCUGAUGAUGUGUAUGUUGAAUGCAAUACGACUAGAAUUUGGAGUCGUCCUUAUGCUGGACAGAUUCGUGUACAGGGAAGUGAUUACUCAAAUUUUGGCCGACUGGAAGUAUAUUGUAAUGGACAGUGGGGUACAGUAUGUGAAGAUACUUUUACUGAAAUUGAUGCUAGAGUUGCCUGCCGUCAAUUGGGAUACAGUACAGUUCAAUCAUUUGAGGGAUCUGGGAACCACCUUUAUGGACCAAGCUCUCAGCCGGUCUGGUUGAAUGAUGUUCGAUGCCACAGUUCUCACAAAUGUAUUUCAUAUUGUCAAAUAUGCCCAAGGUCAUCAAGGAACCAUUACUGCAAUUAUAAUGAAGUUGUCAUAUUAGGAUGUGAAUUUAAUCGAAACGCCAUUCAAUCAAGCAACACACUUAGCACCUGUCAGAAUGCUAACAGCGCAGCAGCUAUUCUUGUUAUUAUCAUCAUUGUUGUGAGUAUUAUAAGUUGUCUCGUAUCCACUGCUUGUGUGAUUGGCUUGCCAAUGUGCAUAUGCUUCUGUUUGGGUGUUGGAAUCGGUAGUAGUAGGAGCAAGAAAAAGGGAUAUAAUGUUUCUAAAGCAACUGACCCUAAUGCUGGUGGUCCUAGUGCUGGAGGUGAUGCUGAAGGUGGUAGUCAGCCACCACCUCAAGAACAGGAAAAGCCUCCCCAGGAAGAGGAGAAGUUUCCAGAAGGGAAAACUCCAGAGCAUGAAGAUAAUGAGUUUGAAAUGAAGUCAAAAAAUAAAGAUGAACAACCAGAACAGUGAUUAAUGCUUUUAAUUGUAAUAUAAUUAUAUCCUACUUAUAA